AAAAUGUCUGCGCCCAUAGUUUAGUCUCGCGUCGCUGUGUAUUUACACGCAGUUUUAUGUUGUAUUAGUGAUAUCAUUUGAUAAUCGGUUCACGAACAUUAUGAACGCUAAUUGUGUAAGAAGGAUUAUAUUAAAUGCAGCCAAACAGUAUUCAAACAUAAAGGCUGGGCAGAUGAUUACACAGUCUGCAAGAAAUAUCACUAGAUGUCCUUCCACAGUAUCCAGAAUAUUGGGAAUUGGAUCUGGAAUCUCCAUAUAUGCAGCACUUGCAGUUAAACCAGAUGAAUCUGAGAGUAAGACGAGCACAUCUAAAUUACCUGAUAUUGAUGCUAGCAGUUUGACUCAUACAAGUAUAAUAAAGAAUGCCACAUCCCUGACUGUGAAUGCUGCUUCCACUUUGUUAUCACAGACCACACUAGCACUUAUUGAAACAUUGCAGGACUAUGCAAAGGAAAUGUACACCUUGAUGUCUUUAAUGGACCAUCAAAUUAUGAUGUUAGCAAAUGAAUUUGAACAAGAAAAAGUGGGGAUGUUGAUGAUAGAGGUCAGAGGUGAAAUAGAAACCAAGAGAUUACAAGUGGAGCAACUUGAGUCUAUGUUACACUUUGCUGUUAAAGUGAUGGAAUCCACUAUGCAAGCUGCAUUUCAAUCAGGGUGUGAUGCUGCAGCUAUACUAGCAAGUGAGAGAAUCCAACAAGCCGAAAUGCAAGUUGAAUCAGCGAGGAAAAUUGCCAAAAAUGCGCUUGAAAACCUGACAGAGAAACAAAAACAUUCAAUAGAAGCUACUGCCAAACAUGAAAAGGAAAAACAAAAACAGCAAACACAGAAAGAUGAUGAUUGAGAACUUUAUAGAUUUUUUAUGAUUAUGUCAAAUCAAUUGUGUGUGUCACAGAUAUGGUAAUAAUACUGCCAGGGAUAAUCAAGAAAUAAAAAGUUAGUACUUUAGAAAAACUA